AUGGCUAUUGUUCGAAAGAAAAUAGUAAUGUUGGUCAUCACCAUCAUGCUCGGGACUUUGACAAUUGCAUCAUCCCGAGUACUACCAUCUGAAAAAUACAAGAAAUCUACUAUCAAUAUCACGCAAAAGUUUGAAGAGUGGAUGGUCGAGCAUAACCGUGUCUACCCCAAUAAUUCAGAAAAGGUGAGGCGUUACAAAAUUUUCAAGAAAAACUAUGAGCAAAUGCGAGCCAAGUAUAACAAUAUUGAACCUGAGCUGAAUAUAUUUGGUGAUCAAACCGAGGAUGAACUCCCCAAAGUUUGCAUGAGAUUACCAGAAGAAUUGGAGAUUUCUUACAGUCCUACUUCAUUUGAUUGGUUUGUUCCUGACUACAAAAAUUGGGUAUAUGAAGGAGCUGUCACUGGAAUUAGAGAGCAACGGGGCGAUACUUGUUGGGCUUUUACAGCAGCAGCAGCAAUCGAAGGAAUUGUAAAAAUUGAAAAAGGUGAAUUAGUUACAUUGUCUCCUCAACAAAUUGUAGACUGUACUAGACCUCGACGGAAGUAUAGAGAGCUAUGGGGACUCAAUGGCACAUAUGGCGGUGGUCACCCAGAAGGCGCGUUUGAAUAUGUAUCGGACUACGGAAUCAACAGGGAGAUCACUUACCCAUUCAUCGGUAGGGACCAACCAUGCAACGCCAAAUUGGAAAAAAAUCCUUAUGCGCUUAUAGCAGGUUACUCAGGCCUACCUGCGAAUGAUGAAAGUCUUAUGAAGAAAUUUGUGGCAAGACAACCGAUCGCAGCCGGAAUGGAGGUCACCGAUGAAUUCAUUCAUUACAAAGGUGGUGUAUACAAAGAUCCGCUUAGAGAAUGUGGAAGAUUACCAAUGGUAAACCGUAGCCUUCACGCUGUUACAAUUGUUGGGUACGGGACAGAUGAAGAUGACACAGACUACUGGUUAGUGAAGAAUUCUUGGGGCACGGACUGGGGUAGAGAAGGUGGAUAUUUCCGAAUUCAAAGAAACGUGAAUAAGCCAGGUGGUUUAUGUAACAUUGCAACAUGGCCUUCCUACCCGUUUAUCUCUCGCGAUCACCUCUGA